CGCGCCGCACCCCGCGGCCGGCCGGGCUGGGGUAGGCGGGCAGGAGGCGGAGCCGCUAGACAGUGGCACAGGGUGGCCGCCUCGCGUAAGAUGGCGCCGGCUGGAGCGGCUGAGCUCUGAGCGGAGCGCGCGGCAGGCGGGCGCGCGCUCGCCCCUCCUCCCCUCGCCACCUCUAUGUUGUCGCUCUUGCCGCGGGCGGGGGCUGCGGAGCCGCUGUGAGGGAGGGAGCCCGAGCCUGCGUGCCUCAGCGCCGGCCGGUCGCGGGCAGGAGCGGGCGGCGCUGGUAACACCCGCGAGCGCAGAGCAGUGCCGCUCAGGUAAAGCCCGCCGCUCCCGUCCCUUCAGCAGGAGGAGGCUGCUGUGGGUGGGGGCCGCUUCGGCUCUUGCCUGCUUGGCGGCGGCUGCGGCUCCGGUCUCCAUGUCGGACAACCAGAGCUGUAAUUCCUCCAGCUCCGAGGAGGACCCCGAGACCGAGCUUGGGCUGCCUGUUGAGCUCUGCGGGGUGCUCAGCAAGUGGACCAACUACAUUCAUGGGUGGCAGGAUCGAUGGGUAGUUCUGAAAAGCAAUACACUCAGUUAUUACAAGUCUGAAGAUGAAACAGAGUAUGGCUGCAGAGGGUCUAUCUGUCUGAGCAAGGCUGUGAUUACACCCCAUGACUUUGACGAAUGCAGAUUUGACAUUAGCGUAAACGAUAGUGUUUGGUACCUCCGAGCUCAGGACCCAGUCCACAGACAACAGUGGGUAGAUGCAAUAGAACAACACAAGACUGAGUCCGGCUAUGGAUCUGAGUCAAGUUUACGACGCCAUGGCUCCAUGGUGUCGCUUGUUUCUGGAGCAAGUGGAUACUCUGCAACAUCCACCUCUUCGUUCAAGAAGGGCCAUAGCUUACGCGAAAAGCUUGCAGAAAUGGAAACCUUUAGAGAUAUCUUGUGUAGACAAGUUGAUACUUUACAGAAAUACUUUGAUGCCUGUGCAGAUGCAGUUUCCAAAGAUGAACUCCAGAGAGAUAAAGUGGUAGAAGAUGAUGAGGACGAUUUUCCUACAAUGCGUUCUGAUGGGGAUUUUUUACAUAACAGUAACAGCAGUAAGGAAAAAUUGUUUCCACAUGUGACACCUAAAGGAAUUAAUGGCAUAGACUUUAAAGGAGAGGCUAUAACUUUCAAGGCAACUACUGCUGGAAUCCUUGCUACACUUUCUCAUUGUAUUGAACUCAUGGUAAAACGUGAAGAAAGCUGGCAGAAGAGGUUAGAUAAGGAGGUAGAGAAAAGGAGAAGAACUGAAGAAGCGUACAAAAAUGCUGUGACAGAACUGAAGAAAAAGUCUCACUUUGGAGGGCCAGAUUACGAGGAGGGUCCUAACAGUCUGAUUAAUGAAGAAGAAUUUUUUGAUGCUGUUGAAGCUGCUCUUGAUAGACAGGAUAAAAUGGAAGAACAGUCUCAAAGUGAAAAGGUUAGAUUACACUGGCCAACAUCCUUACCUUCUGGAGAUGCUUAUUCUUCUGUGGGGACUCAUCGAUUUGUCCAAAAGCCCUAUAGUCGCUCUUCCUCCAUGUCUUCCAUUGAUCUAGUCAGUGCCUCUGAUGAUGUUCACAGAUUCAGCACCCAGGUGGAAGAAAUGGUACAAAACCACAUGACGUAUUCCUUGCAAGACGUAGGAGGAGAUGCCAACUGGCAACUAGUGGUAGAAGAAGGAGAAAUGAAGGUAUACAGAAGAGAAGUGGAAGAGAAUGGAAUAGUUUUAGAUCCUUUGAAAGCAACCCAUGCUGUUAAAGGAGUAACAGGUCAUGAAGUUUGCCAUUACUUCUGGAAUGUUGAUGUUCGUAAUGACUGGGAAACAACAAUUGAAAAUUUCCAUGUUGUGGAAAACUUAGCUGACAAUGCAAUCAUCAUUUACCAAACACAUAAGAGGGUGUGGCCAGCUUCUCAAAGGGAUGUGCUGUAUUUAUCAGCCAUCAGAAAGAUACCAGCAUUCAGUGAAAAUGACCCUGAAACGUGGAUUGUGUGCAAUUUCUCUGUGGAACAUGACAGUGCUCCUCUGAACAAUCGCUGUGUCCGUGCCAAAAUAAAUAUUGCUAUGAUUUGUCAGACCUUAGUAAGCCCACCAGAGGGGAACAAGGAAAUAAGCAGGGAAAACAUCCUAUGCAAGAUUACAUAUGUAGCUAAUGUGAACCCAGGGGGAUGGGCGCCAGCGUCAGUGUUACGGGCAGUGGCAAAACGAGAAUAUCCAAAAUUCUUGAAGCGUUUCACAUCAUACGUGCAAGACAAAACUGCAGGAAAGCCUAUUUUAUUCUAGUAUUAGCAGCAACUGGAACAAGACUGGGUGAGCAUUCCACGUUGGAGAAGUGACCACGCAUAGAGCACUCCGUGGUGUGGAACAAAGGAUCUACAGUCUUUUUAUGGCCAAAGUUCUAGGCUUUGUAUCCUGAAGCGAAGAAGUGUUUCAACACCAUGAGGCUGAAUAUUUAACACUAGUUCUCUCCUGCUAACUUUUCUUGCUGAAUCAGUGUGUAACUAUAAAUACAUGUAUUGAUAACAUGUAUAUGGCUCUCUUUUUAUUUGCUUGCUUUAGAAGAGGAAGAACGUGUACAACUUUGAGUCACCAAUGUGAGUUACUGCUUUAACAAGUUGCAGAAUGUCACUGUCAGCCUUCCUAAGAUACAAAGUUUUUGUGCAUGUCAAAAAAGCACAAAAGACAAAUGCACAUAUAGCAUACUGUAUGUGCUUUAUAUGCACAAAAAUCUUGUGGCAUUUUGGGGGGGCGGGGAGGAAGGGAGGGAGGUGACUUAUUGCCAGGUUUUGUUUUGCUUUGUAUAAUCAUAGUUAAUUGCUGCUGGUUUCUAUAAUGAAUCAUCUUGUUACAUAAAAUGUCAGUUAAUAACUGAGGGCUGUCAAUAUCCUUAUGACUUUGCCUUUUCUAUUGUCUUACUCUUAUGACGAUCUUUUGUUCUGAAGGAGUAAGAGUGUGAAAAGCUUUAUUUUUUUCCAGAUACCUUUAUAUUUCUAUUGUAUUUUUAGUUACGUAAUAUAUGCUACAGAAUUUUUGUCAUUAAACAUGAUCCAGAAACAUCUAGGAAGAUUCUGUAUGAGAGGGCAAGAGACUGCCUGAAAGCUGGAAGUCAUCUGUCCAUGCUACAUGUGGACUGCUUUCUUGCAUGAUAUAUCCAGGCCUUUCCCGAAGCUGUGAGAAGGUACACUGUAAUAUUUAUUUGAAUACAUGAGACACCAUUCCCUGUCUAGAGUGAGGAUGAGUACAUUCUUUUCAGAUCCUGCAUGUAUUUUCCUCGCGUAGAAAAUUAUUUGCCUCUUGAUGAAAAACCCACCAGGGCUGUAAGGAUGUGUAGUUCUUACUGAAAAGUUCCCUUUAGUUGCUAUGGGAAGUGUCAGUUGUUUGCCUGCCUUUGCUUCUGGAGAGAAGGUCAUGAGGAGAGGACUGUGGCAGACUGUUCCUGACUUUGAGGUCUUGUAUCCAUAUCCCAUAGUUGGAAGCUCUUCAGAGACUGCUCAGUGUUUUGCUAACUUGCAUUAUCUUGAGGGGAAAAAAGUUUCAGAUAUAUUUUUUUCAAAAGAAAGAUGAAAGUUUUAUUUGAUAAUAGUACAGUAGGUGCCUGAAAAUAAAUAUGAUAUAGUAACUUAAUGAGGAGUUGGUAAGUGAUUAAAUGCAAUCUGCAUAGUGUUGAAAAAGUUUGUGUUCAUCUUCUCUAGAGAUGAAGUUGUACUUAAGACACAAUUACACAUGCAUGCAGAUUUCAUGGUCCAUAACUCUCUUUAUUUGCCUUUCUCUAAAAGUGUGCAUGGAAUAUGCCUUAUUACAGAGUUAUUCUGUUAAUUUGAAUAUGUAGAAAAGUGCCUAUAUGGUAAUGCUAGUAAGGCAAAUAAGAUGAAAAUUUGUACAUGUUUACUAUAUCAACAGUGAGCAUUUUGUAUAGAGAUAUUAAAAAAAAAAAAGGAA